AUACCUUGACAACCGGAGUAAUCAUUUAGCUCAGUAAACGGGUGACUUUAUCCGGAUAAACUAACAGAGUUAAAUGAGAUGUUUUCUGUCUGACAGUAAGCGGUACUGGCUGGACUAAGAUGCCGACCCGUCGUGUCGUCGUGCAGCUCGUCGUGGCGUGUUGUGUGACUUGCUGGCCGACGCGCUGUGAAUCCCCCCCACACCAGCUCCCGACGGAUUUCACUAACAUUUCCUUCACAGACGGUGUGAAUCUAACAGUAAACUUUUCACUGGCUGUAAAUGCGACAGAUUCUCCAGAGCUGGACCUCCAGGAGCUCGGUCCCAGAGGCGGUACUGAGGGUCCGGUCGUGUCCACAGUCCGAACCUCAGUCACACAAACCACACGAGCUUCUGAUGGUUGCAUCUGUAACGUCACUCCUGAUUUCUGUGAUAUCGGCUGCUGCUGUGAUGUUGCGGACUGUGGCGUCGCAGAUCUGAGUUCUGUGUUCAGUAACUGUGGGCAAGAAACACGACCUGGAGUGUGUAUUGAGAGCUGGCUGAUGUUCCGAGCCAAUGUGGACCCUCAGCUGGUGACGGACACGGGAACUCUGUUCUGUGUAAAGAGGGGGAAAGACUCCGAGAUCGCAGCACAGAGUGCACCUGCUGCCUCUGUAGGACCGUUCUCCAUCUUGUCUCCUCACUUCUCACUCGCGGAGGUUCACAGAACUCAGAACUCCAGUGUUUAUAGGGUUGAUGAUGUCAUUCUGACAUAUUACAACACCACAUCCGUAGUGAGCGUGCUCAGACAGCCGUCCUCAGGCGCCGUGUCCUCCUCCUGCAUCGAGCGCAAUCCUGCAAAGUUCCUGCGUUCCGGCUCUUUGUUCUGUUCCCGACUUGUAAGUGCUCAGACGUGUAGAAGAGACGGCAGUCUGAGCUUCAGCAACUAUUUUACAGGUUUUAGUCUCCUAAAGGUUCCACGUCCCUCAGAUAUGGACAUUUUAAAGUUAAUGAUUCCCAUUCUGCCACUGGUCGAGCUGCCUGGACUCACUCAGCAGAAUGGUUCCUGUAUGAACCUGGUGACGAAGGUGGAGUAUGUGAUUACGUACACCAGCACAGGAGAAAUUACAGCAGCGACGGUAAAGGCCAAUGUUACAGACGCUAGCUUCGGAACGCAGAUACUGCAACAACAUUCUGUGCGAUUUCAGUUGGCCACGCCCUCAUCAUCUCCUUCCAUGCUGCCAUUGGUUGGAUUGGAGGUCGGGACUCCAGUGAUUGGCUGGUUUGGUGGACAAGCUGGACCCCUGACGAUGCCGGGACUUUCCCUGGGAGGAGAGUGCUCUACCGACCUCGCCAACCGCGCACCCAUCCUGUUCACUCACAACACCCUCACCGGCUGCACCUUCAGGUCGGUGUUACAGGAGUGCGCCUCGCUGAGAGCUCAGAUCUACAGCAUCCUCCGCGGGACGGCGACCCCCGACACCGUCGCCAUGACAGCGGGGUCACAGCCACUACAGAGCAAGGUCGUCGUGCAGGAAUGUCCAGAAGCCGAUCCGGGCGAGGCGUGUCAGACAGGUUGUCUCGUGCCCGUCUCUCUGUCGGUCAGGUUCCUCUGGGCUCAGAGGGGAACGUUGGCGCUGCCCCAGAAUCACAUCCUAGGCGUCAAAUACGUCUUCAGCUGUCAGAUGGUGAAGUGUCCCGUCGUGUCUCCUCUUCCUCUGACCACUGAGGCGAUUUUCUCGGACGCCACCGUUUACCCAGAACCGCCCCGGGCCAAACCACGCCCGGAGUGGAAGUUUCCGUUUGGGUUCUUCAGCAGGGGGGCGGAAGAGCUAGACAGGGUCUAGAGGGGUGACAAAGUCCUGAGGAAUGACCACGUCUUCCACAAUUAUUUUAACUUUAUUGUCAUUUCAUUAAACAUUUGAUACCUCAUUG